AUGACUGGCUGCUGCAACGUCUUCAAGGUUGAGCUCCGAUGGCCCGAGCAGAUAGCAACGUCGAAUUGGUUCCCACCACUGGUCUACACGAUCUUCAACGGGCUCCUUGCGAUUGUUUUUGUCGCAUUUCUGAUCAUGAUUCUCUCCGACAGCAUCCCAGACAUUGGCGCAUUCUGGCUCAUUUACCUGACAAAUUGGGCAUUGAUCGUGGAAACGAUAGCUAUGGUCAUGCUUUGCAUCUCCACCGUGUGGGCGUACGCCAAGUUGCCUGAUGGCCCCUCGCAGGGAAAGGCUCCCCUCUUUGUUCGCUACACUGUGGCCUUGUGGUAUUUGAUUCAGCCAUUGUCAUUGAUUGUGGUGAUUUUGUACUGGACCCUCAUUAAUCCACUUUGGGAUUUACAGCCUGUUGAUCUCUUGGGUCUGUGGGCGCAUUUGCUGAACUGGCUGUGUCUUUUGCUCAGCUUUUUUGCGUCCCGCAUUCCAUGGUCCUUCAAGAACUUCAUUUGGGGUUUGGUCUUCCUCCUUACCUACCUCGGCUGGACUUUGAUUCACUUCUUCGCGCAAAUUGGUACCCCUCGUGGUUGCGAACUCUAUAUCGAUCCGGAGUGCCCCAUCUAUGACGCGUUUGAUUGGAAUAUGCCGAUGAUGACCACAAUCAUUACCGUUUUUGCCUUGGUGGGAUAUGCCGUGCUGGCAGGACUCUACACGGCCUUCGUCCGUUGCCGCAAAUGCUGCUUCCCCACGCCCGUGGGAGAAGUGGAAACCAAAGAUGGACCUCAGAACAUUGAGACGAUUGAGAACGUCUCAAGGGUUUCUGAUGCCGUCGAUGACCGACAGACCGAUCAGAAGUCAAUCGGGGACAUUGGCGCAUUCUGGCUUAUUUACCUGACAAAUUGGGCAUUGAUCGUGGAAACGAUUGCUAUGGUGAUGCUUUGCAUCUCAACCGUGUGGGGGUACUCCAAGCUGCCUGAUGGCCCCUCGCAGGGAAAGGCUCCCCUCUUUGUUCGCUACACUGUGGCCUUGUGGUAUUUGAUUCAGCCAACGUCAUUGAUUGUGGUGAUUUUGCUUCUUGGCGUGAACGAGGCUCAGCCUCUCAAUGCUUUGGAAUUUAGCCCGCAAGAAGCAUGUUUGUUCUGGGAUUUUCUCGCAUUUCCAGGCUUUUUUGCGUCCCGCAUUCCAUGGUCCUUCAAGAACUUCAUUUGGGGUUUGCUGCUAGUCCGGAAUUGGAAUUGGGGACGGCCUCAGCGUGUCCAGACUGUCACUGAGACUGAGUGCCCCAUCUAUGCCGUGUUUGAUUGGAACAUGCCGAUGAUGACCACAAUCAUUACCGCUUUUGUCUUGGUGGGAUAUGCCGUGCUCGCAGGAAUCUACACGGCCUUUGUCCGUUGCCGCAAAUGCUGCGUCGCCACGCCCAUGGGAGAAGUGGAAACCAAAGAUGGACCUCAGAACAUUGAGACGAUUGAGAACGCUGCCUAGGAUGGGAUGGGAUCGGCACUUCUUCAGCCACCCAAAAAUCCUGGAUGAUCAUUGUGGGGCCGAUGCUUGUGGCAUGGCAAUGGAGUGACACUAUUUAUUUAUCCGUGGUGUUUCAAACACGUUCUUCCAUGUUGAAUCAAGUUUUUGUUGGUGUCUAUCCCCCGCUUGGGAAGAUGUUCGCGGUGAUGCGCAUGUUUGAAAUGGAUUGAACGUUUGAACCAUCGCAUCAUGCAUUGGUUCUUUCUGUGUUUGUUGCUAUUCUCAUUGAAAUUGACUUCGUUUGGAUUAUUUACUGUCUACGUUUAGUUUGCGAGGGUGAUCUUCCCCUGCAAGAGCUGGCAUGACAUGCAAUGACCCUUCCAGAACUUUCGGCCACCGGUCACCUAAAGGUCGUCGGAUGUCAUUAUUAUAUAGACUCUAGACAUAUUUAGACAUGAAGACGAUGCAGCCCCGAAACAUACUAAAACUGUAUAAACAUGUUAAGUGUCCAGGUUCUUGGGGCUGCUUGGGGCCCUUAUCCAUGUCAGAAUCCCAGAAUCCAUGUUGACACUUCAAAACUAGUGUCGGAACAUGAUGCUUUAAUCGUGACAUCACUCCACUCUGUUUUCAAAAGCCUUUGGGAUUCACAAUGCUCUCUGUCUCACUGCCAACCCCAAGAGCAUGUGAGUUUCGCAAGUUGGCUCCUGUGUGCUGGGCCCA